AUUUGGGCUCGGGUCGAUCCAAGGAGUGACUCGCUGGGGCGAUAUCUGAGCCGAUGCCAAGCAAGUUCCAUUGAAGAAAAAGAGCUAAUGUAUGUGAUACUAAGGGUGGAGUUAGUCAAUUCAAUUCCCUCCGAUGCUGAAUUCAAUAUAGUGAUAUUACUUAGAAGAAGUCAGAAAACAAUUAAAAACGUAGCAGCACAAUGCCGAGGUGAUGUUAGGUUGCCAGAGAGCUAG